AUGAGUACCGACAACAAUUUUAACAAAAACCGACCACUUCCGCCUGGAUGGUCACAGCACCUGGCUCCUUCUGGUCAUUACUACUAUUAUAACUCAGUUACUAAAAAAUCCACAUAUACUUUUCCUGAGGCUGAUGUUGAAAUACCAUCUGCUCUCCCUAAAGAGACUGCAACUCGUAGCAAUCCACAAAUCAUCCUGCCUUCCAGUGUCAACAAGACAUCUGAGGUCGAUGAGGUACGAGCCACUAAAAAAAGACGUUCAGUACGGGCAAAACGCGAUCGUCCAAGGCUUGUUGUUUCAUUAGAACCCGAGAAUGCGCGACCAUGGGUGUUGGUGGUAACACGAAAUGGGCGGCGGUACUUUUAUAAUCCUGAAACAGGGAAGGCACGCUGGGGAGCACCAAGCGUAGCAGUACAGGAAGCUUUUGAUGAUAUUGAGACAGAUGAUUUAUUGAAACUUAUAGCAUCUGCUCGAGGAUUAAAAUUAACCGAGAACAAAAAAAAUAUGGAUCGGAUUGAAACAGUACAGAAAAAUGAAAAUGGAAAUGGCAGUGACAAUGACAAUGACAAUGACAAAGGAAAAGACGAAGACGGAGAUUCAGACGGAGAUUCAGACGGAGAUUCAGACGAAGAACAAGAAGAAGACCAAGACGGUGAGGAAGAAUACGAAUACGAAUACGAAUACGAAUACGAACAAGAAGUAGAAGAGGAAGAUGAGAAUCCUUCAGAAGAAGCUCCAGAUAAUAUAUCGGAACCUUCGUCACCGGGAGAGGAUUUAGCAUGGAUUUACAAUGGUGAUGAAAACCUAGAUAUUGAAGAAGAUCAAGACUCUGCAGAAAACAUAGCAGCUUUCCAAGCCAUGUUAACUGAGCGAGGUGUCAACGCACUAGGUGCAUGGGAAACAGAAUACCCCAAGGUUGUUGAAGAUGAAAGAUACGACUUGCUAGAGUCCAUGCAGGCGCGUCGCGAAGCCUACGAAUCAUGGGCCCGGGCAGAAGUAGCCCGCCGUCGACAACAAGAAAAACAAGCAGACGAAGAACCACAAGAUUCUUCAAGUAUAAAAGGCCAUGAUGAGCCUAAAUCUAUGGAGAUUACAAUUCCAUCGUCAGACGCAACAGCUCAGUUUCUGGCAUUUGUGCAAGCAAACUUUUCCAAGAAAAAGUGUCCUUAUUAUAUUGAUUUUAAACGCAAGUACCGGUCAGCACCUGAAUUUGUACGUGCAGCUGCCAGACUUGGCGACAAAGACCGUGAAACAUUAUUUCGAAGCUUUGCAGUGGUAGCUAAAAAGAGCGAUGAAGAACGUCAACAGGCCUUUGCAGAAGCUUUAGGCAAGUACAGUGCAAGUGAGUUACGCGAUAAAACGCGACUUCCAAAAGCAUUACUUCAUGACCCCCGAUUUUAUGUAAUCAAACCAGUGAAACAAAACGAAGAGUUUGAUCGAGUCGUCAAAUCUCUGUAA